AUGAAAGCAAUUUACUUGAGUUCUUGCUCUGUAUAUAAAGGAAUUCUUAACAAUGGGAAGGACAUAGUUGUCAAGGUGUUUAACAUGCAACUAGAAGGUAUUUCAAGAAUAUUUGAUGUCGAAUGUGAAAUACUACGUAGCAUUCGACACAGGAAUCCGAUAAGCGUUAUAAGCUGUUGCUCCAAUGAAGAGUUCGAGGCAUUAGUACUUGAAUAUAUGCCAAAGGGGAACCUUGAAAAAUGGUUAUAUUCCCACAACUAUUGCUUGAAUAUGAUGGAAAGAUUGAAUAUAAUGAUUGAUGUUGCAUUUGCUUUGGAGUAUCUUCACCAUGGUUAUUCAAUGCCCAUUGUCCACAGCGACUUGAAGCCUAGUAAUGUGCUGUUAAAUGAAGACAUGGUUGCCCAUGUAAGUGACUUUGGGAUAGCAAAGUUGUUAUGCGAUGGAGAUAGCUCUGUGUUAACCAACACGCUAGCAACAUUGGAGUAUGGUUUGGAAGGGCUAGUUUCAACAAGGUGUGAUGUGUAUAGCUACGGGGUGAUGUUGAUUGAAACUUUUACGAGAAAAAGGCCUAGCGAUGAUAUGUUUUGCGGAGAUAUGAGCUUACAGAGAUGGGUAGAACUCUCACUUUCGGAGACCCCAGAUGAAGUGAUAGAUGCCAACUUAGUCAUGAAUUUGGAGGAAGAAAUGAUUGACAAGAAUAUGCAGCGUGUAUCAUCCAUACUUGAAUUCGGUCUGAAAUGCUCUGCCGACUCUCCCGGGAAUAGAAUCAACAUGAAACAAGCACUUGCAGAGUUGCAGAAAAUCAAACAUCGAUUUUUGCAAUGA